UGCGCGAAGAGGCUCAAUUCCGUCAACAGCCUUGGCGUCUUUUCGCGCUUGUCGACGGGUAGUGAGGAGCUCCUGGUCAACGCUGCAUUCUGUUUCUCCGACAAGCAAAUCGCUGGGCACGCCAGCAAACUCUCUCUCGUCGCUUGACAUGCGCCCAUACGUCAUUUCUAUCACAAAAGUCCAUCCUACCCACUCUCUUCUGGGCUGAGCGCGUUCGCGGCCUCUCCCACGCCAUCCACCCGACCCAGUGCUCCUCCAGCCACGAUGCCGCCCAACAUAGGCACACGAACCUCUACGAGACAGGGCAGGGCCACGGUCCGACCUACAAACUACUAUGCGCGCACAUUUGCUGGACGACUUGCUGCUAGCGGAAUGGAACAGACACCCGAGGCCUCGACCAGCGCGCCUGGCUUCCUGCCAGCCCUCACACACUUCACAGGCGCCGUCGAUGCGUUCCCCAAGGAAAUUAUCAAGCACUUUUCCAUGUUCAAGGAGGUCGAGGCUAAACUACACGACCCGGAACACUUGCUCGAGGAGUUGCUCGACGAGAUUGCCCACCAGCCCGUCACAACAAGGGCCCAAGCAUCGGCCGCCGGCCAGAAUGCAGCGGGAGCGGAAAACAGCGCCAACCCGUCCCAGAACCCUGAAACCCUCUCCCCGGAAGAGCAGGCCACAAUACGAAAGCGCCAGCUCUUCUAUCGCCUGCGCAUGCUCAUCGCAAACAUGCUCCCUACGCUCGACGAGAAACUGGUAGUGCUUCAGGGCGCAAAAGCCACCAAAGACAAAGGCCUCAUGCGGAUGCACCACUCAUACGCGCAGCUCGAUGGCGAAAUCAGCGACGAAGCACGAUACGGUAGCCUCACCCACUGGGCUUAUGCAGACAAGGAGGAAAAGAAAAAGGGCGGCCAGUCCCACGAACGGCAGCGGCGUGAAGUGGCAGCGGCAAACAACCUUGCGGCAGCGGCCCAACACGUGCAUGAUGUCGACUCCAUUGCUGCAAAAAGCGAGGCCCGGCGCGAGGCGAUGCACGCGAAUAAACGCAAUCGGCACCAGCAGGUUGAUUCGGACUUUGAUGACCGACCAGCAAAGAAACCCCAGAAGAGGAAGCCAGCACCUGCGGAGACGGCGCCCACACCUGAAAAUAGAGGGAUUGGCCUGGGUAUAUCGAGCAAUGGUGCAGGUACCAACGGCAAGCGAAAGAAGACGGAAAAGGCCCUCGCUGCAGCGGUGCCGGCUGCUCCUCCUAUGGAACGGUCCACAAGCAGUGCCCUGAAAGCUGUCAGCAAUGGAGCGCGGGGUGGAUCAAGCCCGCGAGGCACGCCAGUCCCAGAGAACAGCGCCGCGAAGCGCAAGCCACGAGCAGCUCCUGCGCCCGCGCAACGCAAGAACCCAAUGCCGCCAUACUCGCCCCCUAUGGCUGCGUCACCCCUUGCUGCUAACUUUGCCAUUAGCAAAGCCACUGCCGGCGCAGCAGAUCGACCCCUGUCGGCGCGGGCUCGCAAGAAUUCUACGGCAACGUCUGUGACAUCAGGCAAAGAUCAAGAUGUCCCACCGGGACGUCGACCGUCUUCUUCCCAUUCUGUACAACAGAUUCCAACUAGCAAUGUGAUUGCCGAAAUCGAGCAAGCUGCUGGCAUUACGCGGGAUAAUGCCUCAACAAAAGUGACAUCAACUCCGAAGGAGCCUGCAGACGCACAGCCAACAUUUGAAACAUCAAAUAUGAAGGUGGAAGACGUGGGGCAGCCAGAGCCAGAAAGCAUGGAGAUUGAUACCCCUGCGCCGGCCCCAGCCUCAGGCCGACCCGGCCGAACAUCUAAGACUUCGACGCCCGUUGUCGGCGCCUUUCCUGAGGUAGCCAUGUCACGGAGCCGCAGCAGCCGCAAUGCGAACAAUGGCGGCUCCAACACAUCGUCAGAGAACAACAGUACGACUACUGGCACCGUGUCGAAACGGGGCCAGAAGAAGAACGCACAACAAAACACGAAUGCUGGAAAUGCAUCUCCAGCGAUGAAGGCCACAUCCCAGGUCAAAUCAAACCCUACAUCGUCGGCGGCAAGCUCUGUUGCACAAGAACAAGACUAUCAAGAAGCCGAGCCGGAAGCUGAGGCUGAGGUGGAAUCGGAAGAAGACGGAGACGAGCCCCGAUACUGCUAUUGCAAUGAAGUGUCAUAUGGCAACAUGAUUGCCUGUGACAACGAUGACUGCCCGCGCGAGUGGUUCCAUCUCGGCUGCGUACACCUGGAGAAGCCGCCUACGGGGCGGGCGAAGUGGUUCUGCAGCGACGAGUGCAAGGACACGCAUGCCAAAGCCAAGGCCAAGGGGGGCCGCCCGGGAAGCAGUAGACAAUAG